UAAAAUAAAUACGGUAUCGAUGAAUAUCGUUUGGAAGUUUGAAGUGAUCUCACAUCGAUCAUUUGUUUUUUUUUUAUUUUUAAUACUUACUUUUGAUCUGUCUAUCUAUCUAUCCAUCUCUCUCUCUCUCUCUUUCUCUUCCUUUUAUCGAUAUAUGCACUUUAAGGCAACGAAGAUCGUAGAAAAUCAAUGAACUAUGCGCUCGGUCGAUCAAACGCCACAACAACUAUCGACAAGAACAGCUUGCAACUAUUAAGAAAAUUCGAUUUGCGCGAAAAAAAGGUGAUACGAACGGGAGAAUCAGUCAUGUUAUCGACGUCGUUGUCGUUGACGAGAUUGAGAAAGACAGGUACGUUUUUGCGAUCAUCCAAGUGGAAGGUGCAGUGCCUCGUGGCCUUGGAAUUUCGUUCCAAGGGAUAAGAAAACAAGUAUAGGAAGAUUUUCAAAGAUUUUCAAUCGAUUAGUUUUUCGAACUUUAAUUUUACUUUCGUAAUUUUGGACUAAAUGAUAAAUAAAAUAAUAUAAAAGUAAAUUUGUCGUUUGAAAAAUGAAUGGUGCCAAUCGCGGUGAUGUAUGUAACAGUGAUCAUCGCACGAUGACGUGAUUUUUGUCUACGCGAAAAUAAAGGAUUUUCGAAAGAAAAAAUAAAGAAGAAGAAGAAGAAAGUUCCUGAUGAUAGAAAGGAAGAAGGGAUCGGUCUAACGAUGAGUGUCAGUAAAUUUCGUUACGCUUUAGUAUUGCUCGCGUUUACGCGCGAAUUUUUGUUAAUCGAUUGCAAGUGGGAUACAACGACUACUACGACUACGACAACCGAAAAAUUGGAAAUGUCGAAAAAAGAAUAUCAUCGGGAUCUUCGUGAUGAACGAUUAAUAAAUAAAAAAGAAACUGAUAAGAAUUCGCGAGAAUAUCUUAACGAAAAUAAUGACGUUGUUUUCGUAGUAACAUCAUCAUCAGGUGAUCGAAAUAAACGUGCUGUUACAUCGAAAGAAUUGUUAUCGAGUAAAGAAAUUGAUAAAGAAUUGGAAACGAGUAUCGAAAAACCACAGAUAAGACAUGGAAGAUCGCGUAGUCAUUUCGUUCGACAAAUCAAAUUGGAAGAUCUGGAAUCGUUGAGGAUUAGGACCAAAAGGAUACACCUUUCAUCGAAUUACAGUGAUACGGAAAUCGAGAAAGAUGAAGAUUUGGAUUACUCGAAGAGAUACGAGUCACCAGGAGGAAAAGAAAAUAUCGUAGAGGAGACGAGUAAAAAGGAUCGAUUGUCUUAUUAUGGUACCCCUGAGACGUGGACCGAAUCAACUAGACAAUUGAAUGAUCUAAUUCGUAAAGUAUUUCGACAGCACGCAGACGUAACUGCUCAUGUUGAUCAUCACGAGGAAGAAGGAGGAGGGAUACUGUUGAAUAAGUUUCGAAAAAAAACUUCGCGAUUGGUUAAACACAAGAUUGAGGAUCCAUUCGAUUCAACCGAAAAAACGAUCAUCGCUUAUGGUCGUCUUUUGCAUACCUCGGUGAACAAAGAAGAAUCUUCGAAAGUUAAUAUCAACGAAAAUGAAUUCAAAAAAGAAGAAGAAGAAGAAUUGGGUGACACGUUGGGUGAUCGUCAAAUAAUUGGGAAUAACAGUAGUUCGAUAAGUAAAGACAAUGAUUACUACGAGAGUUUUACUACAGACGUUGUUGAAACAAAUGAUGAUGAUGAUGAUGAUGAUGGUGACGUUAUUGAUGGUGACGAUGAAGAUGAUCUUCCAACGAAACGAUAUCCCGAAAAGGAAUCCGUUCAAGUAGACAUUGUUACGAGAUUUCUUCGUAUUAUCGAGAAUCAACACUUGCUAGGUGAAAAUUGUACCGCCGGUACUGAUUUAAAUCUCGGCGAGGGUGUCGUAGAUCGUUACGCUCAAGAAAGGUUUCGAUUGGAAGCUAAUCUUGCCGUAAAUCGUGCCAACAUGUUAACAAGAUUAUGGAAAUAUGCACCUGAAGUAAUGCUAUCAUCGGAAUAUCUUUUACACGCUAGCGUAUUAUCUAUGGUUGAAUUCGACGAAGACAUAUUUGCCGCUGGUAAUUGUUACGACAAAUUACAAUACAAAGAUCAUUGGCUUUAUUGUCCCUUUGCCCAUCGGCUACCGGAUCAGGAAGGGGUUUUAGUUAAGGACUUGGCGAUCGAGUAUAAGUACUUGAGCAACAGUAGCGAGUGGUUUUACAUUGCCAGGAAGAAUGCCGAGAGGGUUAUCGCCAGUAACAACCAAUUUAGUCGAGGUUUGCAUACUUACGUUUACAACGAGAGCACCCAUACCGAACGGGAGGAGGACGAGAUACUAACUGUGAAGUAUGAGGAUGGCAGAUGGUCAAAACCUUACUACGAUUGCGGUGGUGGUAACAUCUGGAUGUUGACCUACACCGUACCUUUUUUUGGAUACGUUAACGACACAUACUUCUUUAAAGGUACCAGUGGCAUUGAUAUUGAUUUGCGAAGAGUAGACAUAGAUCAAUGCCCAUUACCACCGGAAUCUAAUCAACUCAACAUAUUCGCUGCCAGUGACAAAUGUAAAAAGCGUACUACCAAGUGCGUUGCAAUUCCUGGAUUGGGAUUUCGUCGGGGAAGUUAUCGAUGUAUCUGCAAACGUGGAUUUUAUUAUCCUGACACGAAGUCAACCAAACGUUAUUACAAUGGAACGGUGAUCGAGGAAGAGUAUGAAAAAUUGAUGAUGGGCGAGGAAAGUCAAUACGCCUACGAAGAUUCCUUCGAGUGUCUACCUUGCGCCGAGGGUUGCGAAUCCUGCGUCGAUGGUUCGGCCUGUGUGGUAUCCUUAAAUUGGCUCAUGAGAACAGCUAUACUUAUCCUGGAAUGUUGCGUCAUCGCUUGCCUACCUGCCGUUGCACUCUUUACUUGGAAAUACGGAAACGUUAAGGUAGUCAGAGCUGCCAGCCCGGUUUUGCUACGCGUUAUAGUGUUGGGUGCAUUCUUCAUAUAUUGCACGACUAUUGUAAUGUAUCCUCAGCCAAACGUUAUUACGUGCACCGUUCGAGUUUGGCUUAGAGAAAUUGGAUUUUCUUUAACGUACGGUGCUUUAAUGUUGAAAACUUGGCGGAUAUCGGUGAUAUUUCGAGUAAAAUCGGCAAAGGCAGUCAAAAUUACGGAUGCCAGUUUACUCAAACGUCUUGGUAUCAUAGUAAUGAUAUUCAGUGUAUUUUUAAGUAUUCGUACAUUGGUUGCACCACCGGUUGUCAUAGUUGCACGUACGGCGGAUGAUUUGAAAGCGUACCUUUGUCGAACGGAUUGGUGGGAUCACAGCUUUACAACGCUCGAAGUGAUGUUCCUUAUUUGGGGUAUCAGAUUAUGCAUCGUCGUUAGAAAAACCCCGUCCGAAUUUAACGAGAGUCGAUUCAUAUCGAUGGCCAUUUACAACGAAUUUUUGCUAUCGGUCUUCCUCAAUGUUUCAAUGUUGUUUCUUCAAUCACCGGCCAAUCCGGAUUUAUUGUACAUCAUAUUUUUCUGUCACACCCAACUAACCGUCACGCUAUUGUUGUGUCUCAUAUUCGGCAGCAAGGCUUAUGUGGUAUUUCGUGGUUAUGGCAAAGAAGAUUCAGCCGGUAAACUUGUCGGUCCGACGACCAAAUUUCUAAGCAAAAGUAACCGACCACAAGGUACGAGCAAUCAGACAAAUUCAAUAUCACUCCAGCAAGGUAAUUUCACUGAGGAGAGCGAUGGUUCUACGGAGGAAUUUCGUCGUCUUAUAGCACAACUGGAUGUUUUAAAGGAGAAGAACGUGUUAUUGGGUAACCAUUUUCUAGUAAAUAAAAUUGUAGCUAUGCAAGAAGCAGCAAAUCGUAAUGAAGCCCAAGUAUCAACAAUUCAAGCAAUUUCUACAAGCAUUAGACUGAACGAUCUUAACGGUUCGCGUACUUUUGUGGAAAGUGAAGCCGGUGUAUCUAGUGAAAAGGAUCACAAACGUAAAGGUAUGGGACAACAUGAGAAAAAGUGUCAAGCAUGUAUCGAAAAAAAUGGUUUACGAAGUAAGGAUCAGCAUCGUAAUAGCUAUCAUAGCAGUAGCAGUAAUACGAGUAUACGAAAAGGAGAACAUUCGGAUUUGAGAGAAACCGAUAAAGAAGUUCACGUUAGCAGCAGCGAUGGUAAAAACGAUGUUGGAGUCUCGACGUCCUCGAAAUUAAUCGUCACCAGCGAGGAUAUAGCCACGGAAACGAACCCCGAGCCGAACGGAAAAGAGAAUGAUGCAAAAGAUAAGUCCAAGAGCAAAUCCGGUCACGCCAGGACCCAUGCUAUUGUAAUCAACCUCGAUGAUAAGAGCAGAUUCUCGGAAGAGGUCACCGUCUAAAGGUCCAUCGAGAUAACCUUCGGACCCUUCUCCUACCUUUUUACUUUACUUUACUUAUUUUCCUUCAUGACGAAUGAACUAAUAAUACGGAUUUACUAUCCAAAUCUUUCUUCCUCGUGAUUUUACUUUUUAAAUACGUUUCUCCUCGAUUUUUAUUUAAUUCUUUUUUUAAAACCAAACGUUUGCUUAUGUAUUUAUAUUUUUAUUUUUAACUUUAGUAUGCUUUGCAAUUUGUCCAACAGCGCAUAUUCGGCGGAUUGGCCUGACAGUGAGUGUAAUUAUAAGCUCGUAGAUGUUUUUUAUUUAAAAAAUUGAACGAAGGAUGGUAGAAUCUUGUAAAUGUAAGGAAGAAUACGAUUACUCGUUUGAAAUUCAAUCAUGUUUCUUUGAUAAAUUAAAUGUACGUAUAUUUACUUUCAGCUUAUUUGUUUUUUGUUUCUUUUUUUAUCUAUUUACUUUUUUCCUUUAACUGAUGCAAGUCAAUUUAUUUUAUGCAUGUAUACGAGAGAGAUAUUGAAAUGAGAUUUGCUGUGAAAACGAUUGAAAUAAUAAUAGAAACAAAAAAAAAUAAAUAAAUAAAAAAUUGACACGCUUAAACUUUGCAAAAACUCGCCUAGACAUGUAAAUACGUUGCGACAACGCGUGCACACGCGCGUGCAUCUAAAGUCUUGCCGUAAUUAUAAGCGCGAACAAAAAUUGUAAAUAUC